ACAGCCGAAACAAAAUGGCAGCAUCCCUACGUAAACAAAUUUAAACAACUGAAGAAUUGGCCUAAGUUGUUUAUUGUCAUAAGAGAUGGCUAAGGCUGGGAAGCGAGGUAAAAGUGCGGAUGUAAAGGGUAAUUUUUCUUCCACGGGAAAAGAUUUGGGCUUGUCCGCUGUGUUUGAAGAGCCCACUUGGACACCAUGUGUAGCCUGGAUAGUUGGCAAACAGACAGAAGAUUUGAAGCAUGUCGAGGCACUGAACACGAUUACUAUGACUGGACUGAGAAAGCUUUUCUCUGUGGUCACCAAAGAACUGUUAUUUUUAGAAAUAAAAGAACAAGCCAGUGCUAAAAGUAAAAAAGGGGGCAAAGAAGUUUCAUCAUCUAAUGACAUAAGUGAUUUAUGUAAACCUUAUUUAGACACAAAUGAGCCAAUGCCAACUGCCCUGUUAGCUAAACUUAUUAAGUGGAAACUCCUGUCAAUUAAAGCAAAUGAUUUAAAACGCAGAGAGCUUGAAGCUAAGAUGGAUGAUUAUUAUGCAGGUAAUGCGGAUAAAAAGAAAAGAGAAUCUGCAAUGAAUAAAGACAGAGCUAAAUCCCCUCCUAAAAAAGGUGGUAAAAAAACACCAGAAAUGCAAGCUGCAAAAGAAGGGAGCAAACUCAAGAAGAGAGGGGAGGAGGAUGAGGAUAGCAAGUUUAUUGAUGAUGAGCCAGAUGAUGGGGCUCACCACUACAUCCUGGUAUCUGGUUUCCAUGACCCUUACUUGUUCCAAGCAUUGGAAGAGAUUAACAUCAACAUCACUGCAAUCAUUGGUAUAUCAACUCAAGGACAUAGCAUCAACGUCCCCGUAGAAUUGACCCCUCAAGAGACGGAACUGAAACAGGAGAUUGCCAACUUCUGGAGAGAUUUACUUCCACUUUUACAGCACCUACCAGACUCAUCUCGCCUUCAUGAUACAGCCCAGCAAGACUACGAGGUCAAGUCCCUCAUGAUCCCCACAGACCCUAAUGAUGCGGAGCAAAAGGUGCAGUACAGCACAGCCCUCUUUGAAGAUGUGGCUGUCAUGCUCUACAACCUGCUAGAAGCUAAGCGCCUCUACGGGACAUUUAAAGAAAACCUCAAGCUCAUUAAUGUCCCUGUGUACGAGCCUGUUGAUCAAGGAGGUCAUGAGAGUCCGAUGUCACCAAGCCAUGCUAAACCCAAGCAGAAGUCAGUUGACAUGAGGUACUACAACGAUUUGAUGAACUGCAUCCCCCACGAGAGUGUCAGCGUUCCUCUCAUCAUGUACUGUAUGCUGGAACAGAUUACUGCAACUGAGGAAGGGAAAACUCCACCCAGUGAAAUCCCUCCACCUGUAAGGCCGGAUGGAAUGAGUUUUGGUCUUUCCUCAUAUCUGACUGGCAUAGCGUCCAAACUUGGACUUUCAGAGCAGGAACACCAGGUUCUUUCAAGAGAACUUGACCUUACUACACCUUUUCCACUUAGCCCUAGCCCACCUGUGCUCAUAAACUACAAUGACAGCAUCAGUAUUAGAACUCAGCAUCUCAAACCACACUAUGGCUUUGACCCAUUAGCUGUGGAGCAGAUGAUGCUUAAGUUACUUCCCUUCUCCAAGCUGCAUAGUAUACAGGAGCAUUCAGCUGUAGAUCUGAAGCAAAGGGCGGUCAGGCUGCAGGAACUUCUACAUUACUGCACAGAGAAUGGUCUCAGCAAAUCAGAAGUUGAUAGAGCCUUCAAGCAGUUUGUGUUUGAGAGCAUGGACUUGGCAACCACAGACUUUAAUGGAUUUAUACUAGAAAAAGAAAAAGAAGGACUUCACCACAAGCCCAUCCCUUGGGAUGACCCGGAUGGCUUCUUCAAAUCUCUCCUGCCCCCAACAGAGAAGGAAGAUGAAUUCCAGAGUCUUGAUGAGAGAAUCAGUGAGGAAGAUAACCAAGACAAAGAUUUAAGAAAAGAAGAGUCAACUAUGAAAUGGAAUCCUGAAUCACUUAAAUCUAUUCAUGAUACAAAAGUUCUCUCCCCUUUUGGAGGAACAGGACGGGGCCUCUGUGUCCCUCCGGAAAGUGAGAGAUCUAUCAGAGAAAGCAUGGAGAGUAAAAAGGGAAUUCUGGUGUCCAGCCUACACCGCAUUGGAUCUAUUGGAUCUGCCAAUUCAAGGAAAUCUGCAACAAAUUCAGUUCACUUUGAUGUACCUGAUGAAGCAGAAGAGGAUGAUGCUCAGUCUAAGCCAAUGACCGACCAAAUGAAAAAAAUUUUGGACGAUGCUCUGGCCAAAAUGGUCCAUUCCCAGCAGAGAAACCUGGACACCUGGUGUUUUGCUGAACACUUCCAACCUGAAGUCUUCCAACAGGUUCUCCAUGAAGCUUCAUAUCUACUGCCACUGAGAGAGUUCUACCACCAUAAGCGAGACAACAACAUCAUGUUGGUCCUACACAACCCCUACAACCAGGAGCUGAGAAACCAUGUGGACUGGCACAUAGAGCUGCACUCUAACAUGGGCUUCAGGAACUACCUUGAAUUCACUGCUGAGUCCAUUGUUGAUUGGCUGAAGGAAAAGGAUGCGGAGUAUCAAGCCAAACUUCUGUCUAAAGAAGUGGCUUCCAUAAACAAGGAAGAGGAAGACAAGGCCAAGGAAGCAGAGAAAGCUGAAAAAGGCAAAAAAGCAAAAUCCCCCUCAAGAUCCUCCUCUAAAACAAGACGAGAUAUAUCCUCUGAGAGACAGGCAGAAGAAAACCCCUAUGUACGCCAGGGGUCACUCAAAGCCCAGCAGGCGGAGCUACAGAGGCUGGCGGCUGAAGAGGAAGAGAGGGAGAAGGCCAAGCUAAAAAAGAAGGAGGCUUCAGCCACACAGAAGAAAGGGAAGGAAGAGAAAGAAAAAGUGGAGCGUGAGAAGUCCAAGAGCCCCAGAUCCAGCCAGAGCCGGAGCACCGCAGACAGAGACAGCUUCAAUCUUAAACAAGAGCCUGCUGAUGAAGAGAAGGAGGAGGAGAAGUUUUGGCCUUUCUAUGGCUACAACACUGGCAACCAACUGAUCCAUGUGUCUGGCAUCACAACCACUAUGUUCCCUAGUGACGGAGGUCAAAUCAAAACUGAAAGGACUGAAUUUGCUCUUGGCACCACUUCAGUGAGAUCAGUUGUUCUGAAAGAUGGCCAUAUUUUUACGGUCCACAUUCUGAAUCCUUGCGAGAGCACUGAGCACCAUGAGGAGAGCACUAAGGACAUCCCUGAGGAUGAUGAGAGCAGCGUCAACACAAGGACAGCCUCAGCCCCACAGUCAAGGCCACUGUCAGCUGAAAACACCCUGCCUACAGACAGGUCUGACACAGAUCAAGCUUCAAAAGUUGUAGAAAGUGCUCACACACAGGAGAAGGUACAAGAGCAUGAGUGCAAAUCCAAGGCAGUGAGCCAGUUUGGAUCAGUCACUGCUGUCCUUGCAGAUGGCAUGACUUUAGCCUUCAGCAAGUUUGGGCCUACAGGGGAAUCUGACAUCAAGCCACACAUUCCCACUGCCAUCCCACCCCAAGUCAGUAAAUCUUCAGUGCCUUCAAACAAUGCCACAGUUCCUUCCCCUAAAGGCAAGAAAGAAUCCAAAGUAAAAACACAGCCCAAUUCGGUGAUUUCUGAUCAAGAAAAAACUGUUCAGACGCAGCUUGAGGAGCUGUCUAUAGAGGAACAAAAGAAGGAAGAAGAAGAGGAAGUGGUGAAGCAGCCAUUCCAGGAGCUAUUUAUAACAACUCCUGAUGGUCUGCAUGUCACUUACUUCUUACAGAGCUCUGUUGGAGUGAAGCCAUCCCACUCCAAUGAACAUUUGCUGGCCAUCAAACAGUGCUACCCAUACAAAACAAAGGGCAUCCAUGAGUGUGAGUCUGCUAGACACAAGUACAUAGACAGUGAGAUUUCUCGUGUUAUCACCUCGGAUGGGAGCGUCAUCAAAAAUAUGGUCGACGGUUCUGUUGAGGUCUUAAGUGCUGAUGGGACUGUUAGCAAAUUCACUGGCCAGUGGAGCAAAGACCCUUCAAGUCGGCCAGCUUCAGCAACCACCAGCUUAAAAACUAUUGACACAGAUUCGGUGCCAAAGAGAGUUUAUCCUUCAGAGCGAAUCAUCAAGAACACCAAAUCCACUGAGGAUGAUCAGGUCAGACUGCACUCUGUUGCUCCUAACUGGAUUGUGACGUACCCCAAUGGGGAGCGCCUGCAGAUGUUUAAAUUCUCAGGAAAUAGCAAAGAGUUGCCUGCUGUUCCAAUCUCUUUAGCCUCGGAUCCAGACACACAGCAGACAAUGGCUAUCCGCGAUGACCAUGUUAUAACUGUAAGUUUUCCUGAUGGGACCACUAUUGUAGAACACGAGGACGGCACUCGAAUCACAGUCUACUACAGGGAGACCCCUGUGGCUGUCGAGGAGGCUGAGCAUGAAGAUGAAGAAUCAGUGACUCAGAUUUGUACAGCAACUUUCAAGUUUGUCAAGGUUGAGUGUCCAACAUUUGCCACUGUGGAGUUCAAUGGGGAAACAUCAGAGAAUUUGACAGUCUUUGGGAAUGGAACAAGUAUCAAUGUCUUCCCUGACGGGUACUACAUACUCCACCACAACAAGGGUGGGAGGCUGGAGAUUGAUACAGAAAGCACCAUGGUUUACUAUCCAGCUAAAUUUGAAUUGACACACUAUAAUAUGCCAGAUCGAGACAUCCAUUAUCUCAUUCGCCACAAUGCUGAUGUUAUUGUGGAAACUGUGGAUCCGGAUGGUAAUGUUUUUAACGUCAGAUCAAACGGAGAUUUUAAUGUGCUGCCAGUGAACGCAGGAGAAGAACUUUCUGACAACAGUGACAUUCAGAUACUGAAACUCAAGGAAAAGAAAGUUCACACCUACAAUCACCAUGCUCCCAGAUUUUUUAUCAUCCAUGCCGACGGUAGUGGCACUGAACUCUUGAGAUACAAGGACGUGGCUGAGUAUUUGGUGCUGGCUGAGAAAAACCCAGCAACUGCUAUCUUGAAGGAACCGCUGACCGACCACCCUGGCGUCACAGGCAUCACAGUUCUCAAGCCAUACCUGAUUGGCCUGUCUGAGAAGUGGUUUAAAAACUAUGAUCAGGAGUCAAUCAUACCGUCAGGGAUAAGAUGCAGAGAUUUAAAAACUCUCCCUUCAAAGGAGGUAAAAAAGCCUGGCCCCAAGUUUGGGACAAAUGUUGGUAAAGGAUUGAGCAUUGGGACUUAUUCCAAGUCCCCAGCUAGAAUCCCAAUCCUCAAGUGCCCCAAUAGGCUGGAGAUUCGACAGUUGGUCCAGUACAAGCCUGUCACAGAGACACUACGAAACACGCUUAAAGGUUCAGUGUUGAGCUAUGCUGAAGCUCUGCUAGCCAGAAUGAGUACUGAAAAUCUGUUGAACAUUGAUGAUCCCAGAAGUGCUGAGGAGAUAGCAAUGUCCCAAAGUAUGAAGCUGCUGGCAGAAAGGCACAAGACUGAGUUACCAGAGUGUGAUCCAGAACAUGUCAAAAUGAUGUAUGAAAAUGCUGUUGCACCACAUGUACCAAGUCCCCCACCCACUCCUCACUCAAAGCGGAGCAAAGCAGACUGGGAGAGGGACAAAAGGGAACUUCAAGAAGAAAAAGAAAUCAAAGCAAAAAUUAGAAGUCGAUCAAUUGAGCCAUAUUUUGAUAGUGAAAUAGGGAAAGCUUUUCUUUAUACACAGGUGAAUGAUGCUGGUGAGAUGAUUCAGCAGUUUGAAGAUGACAAACUUGAAACAGAUGAUAACAUCUAUGGUAACAUGGAUGGUAAAAUAGAAUCGUUUCUACCAAGCCCCAUUAGAGAAUCUGUUUCACCUUCACCUGCAGGCAGUGAAAGUGAAAUGUCAACAAACAAUAACAGAAAGCCACAUGACACACCCCUCUCUUUUGGUGGUGGUAAAAGUGAGUCACCAUCUGAUGGACUUCAGGUCAAUGUACAAACACCUGCCAACACCCCACUGGAGCAGAGUCUGAGACCACAAAACCCUACACCAGCACAAGCAGCUAAAGCUAGUACAGGCUAUCGCAGUGCUGAAAGUCUUCUGGUAAAACCAGGCCAUUUAAAGUCCUCAUACAAAUGGUCAGAAAGUGACUUCCCUGCCAUUUCAGAGCACUCUAGCCAGGAAGAUGACCAGGAGACCAAGAGUCCAGUUGAUGUUAACUUACUUGGUCAGCCACGGGUGGAGCCUGUUAUUCUGCCUAAAGCUCUCAAGGGAGGGCGCCCAGGUGCACAGCCAAACAUACGAUACCAACACGUUGAAGAACCAGUUCGUCGUCAAGUCAAGACAUCCCUCACCACUGGAGCUACCCCUAAGGGACAGCAGAUCCUCAAGGACAUGAGAGGCCUCAUCUGUCAACCAGAGAAGAUCAACUUUGGUAUACUGAAGGAGGGUUGCACCUACGCCUACACCUUGUUCUUGAAGAACACAGGCGUGGAUGCCUGCAGAUUUAAAGUUACACAACCCCCACCUGCAACAGGUCUCAGAGUUUUCUUUAAACCAGGGGCAGUGGCUGCAGGCAUGAGCGCCAGCCUGAGUCUGGAACUUUAUGCUAUCGCUAAUGGUGUGGAGGGGGAGUCAGGAGUUGGCUGUUUGGACCAUGUACUGGAGAUAACAACUGAGACACACAUUUUACAAGUGCCUGUUGCAGCAACUAUUUUAACAGCCAAUGAAUAUGACCUGCAGCAUCUUGGCAGAACAAAUGAAAGAACAGCUUAUGCUCGCUUGAUCUCCACGAAGCCACCAGCAUUAACUGGCAUCAUACGACCCAGGAAAGAACAGAACAUAAGUGUAGCAUAAACAUUCAGCCAAGCAAUAUUUUCUAUCUGAAACUGAUAAUGUUUUUGCCUGUGAUGAAUCAGCGUGACAAACCUGACUGUUUAGACUUUCAAUGACAAGUGCAGCGGAGAAACUAGUUGCAAUUCUCGUUAAAUGUUCAUAGUAGAUUAUAUAUUUUGAAUGAUUUCAUUAAAUAAACUCCUAACAAACUCCCUUUGAACAAUAACUACCUUGCAGUAACAGUAAGUUUAAAAAAAAAUAAAACCAGAUUUUUGUAUUAAUUUUUUUUAAAAUUGUAGUAAGCCUACUAAACUGCUCACAAAUUUAAACUUAUGUUAUAUAUUAGGGAUAAUACUUUAACCCAAAAUCAUUUUGGAGUACAGUUGGCACUCAUUAGAAUUGAAUGUAAAUAAAGUUGAGUGCAGGUAUGUUUUUAAUGCAUUAUUUUAAUAAGUUUUUUUUAUAAAAUGUUUCUAAAGUUUACUGUGUUAUUAAAAAGUUGAUUUGAAAACUCAAGAAACUGAAAUAUUCCAUUACAUUGUUGAGAGGUAAAAAAAUAAAAAUUAUGUAAAGAUAUAACGUUUUCAAAAAUUUUACAGUAUUAAAAAAAAAAAUAGUAUUGAUGUUUUUAACAAAAAUUAAAUUUAAUAUUUAGCUUUGUACUCCUGAAUUCAAACAACCAUGCUAAAAAUAGUAAACUAUGCAAAGUUAUAAUUAUUUAGGAACAGCAUGUAUUUUUGUAAUGAAAAUUUACUGUUGGUACUACACUAUUUAUAUUUAUUAUGAUUAAUCCCUAUCAAAAUAAUAUCCAACAGUAGCUGAGUAAAGUACACUGAGAGAAAAAUAUUGGCGAUUUUGUUGAACUUAUGAUAGAAGAGUAUGCUUGUAUUGUGAAUUUCAUAUGUGCAGGGACCAAAGUCCCAAAUAAUAUGGUAAACUUCAACUACUGGAAAAUAAAAUGUUUUUUUUUAAUAUUGUGCUAUGUUGUUUUGAUUACAUUGAGCUAAUUUGACAUACAAAACAUGUUUCUGUUAACACAUGUUACUAUUAGCUUAUUAGCUGUUAGUUAACAAAUAACUAACAUACACAAAUUACACUUAUUAACUCUGUAAAGUAAAAUAGUGCUUUAUUUUUAAACUAUACAUCAGAGAUACAUCACCACAUUUUUUAAAUGUUCUUUUAUACAUUUUUGGAAAUAUUUAAAUAUACAUUAGAAAUCAAUAUUUACAAAAAAAAAUUUUUUGUACAAACAGAAAUUAGGUUCAAGUUUUUAAGAAUCUCCUGACCCUGGGUUUUCCCCCUUGUUGUAAGUGUGUACACACUUGGAGAGAAUUUCCUGAAAAUAUAUAUCACACAGCCA